CUCCAGGCGUUAGAUGGCGCUGAUCCAUCAUCGAUCUCCGGCUUCAGGCAGACGCGUACGCAGGACCACUUACAGCCAUACUAUUGUACAAGAGUGAAGAUCUGAAGCAAGAAAACCAUCAAGUGAAAUGAGUGGUAGAGGAGCAGGAGGCAAGAAGAGGCAGAAGCCAAGAAGCAAGUCACAGAGAUCAGGGUUGCUGUUUCCCGUCAGUCGUAUCUAUGGAAAGUUCCGGCGGACCCUUCUCAAACAUCGCAUUGCAAUCAGAGCACCAGUGUAUGCUGCUGCUGUCAUGGAGUAUCUCACAGCUGAAGUACUUGAACUGUCGGGGAAUGCUGCUCGGGACAAUCAGCGCCGGAGAAUUACACCCCGGCACAUUCUUCUGGCAAUAGCCAAUGAUGAGGAAUUGUUCAAGCUGUUGAAGAAUGUAACCAUUCCACAAGGAGGAGUCAUUCCAAGAAUCCAUCCUGAGUUGAUGAGCAAGAAACAGCAAAAUGCACUGCUGGACCCUCUCUACCCAAGUGAUUCUGGUUCUCAGUUCGGAUCACCUAUGAAAAAGUCCCCAUCAGCAGUGAAAGCUUUCCACAAACAAGCAGAUCCUGUCUCACCAGGCAAGACCAAAUAUAAAGCAGACCAGUGGUGGCUCAUGAUACGCAGCAGCAGUGGUUCAUCAGUGAAGACAGCAGAGGCCAGCUUCCCUUUGAUGGUGGUGCAGAGCGACAUCACCAAGGUUAAGGUGGAUGCAAUUGUGCAUCCUACAAAUGCUGAUUUCUCCAUGGCAGGAGAAGUUGGAAACACCCUGAGCAAGAAGGGUGGAAAGAAGUUCCAAGCCGAAGUUUCCAAGAUUCAGUUGACCAAUGGGAGUAUCCCCUCUGCUGGAGCUGUUGUAUCUCUUGGCGCAAACUUUGCGGCCCCAUUUGUGAUCCAUGUGAAUGGACCCACAUGGGGAGGGAUGACUGGGGCUGGGGGUGAGAAGGCGAGCGACCUUGAGAAAGCUGUUAAAAAUUGCCUCAGCUUGGCUGAUUCUAGGGAGUUCAAGUCCAUUGCCCUCCCAUCAAUUGGUAGUGGAAGAGGAGGUUUCCCAAAGCAGAUGGCUGCUCAGACGAUCUUGGAAGCAAUUUCCUCCUAUUUCCAGAUUAAGCCAGCCUCAUCCCUCAAACAGAUCUUCUUCGUGCUCUUUGACAAUGAGAGUGUCACUGUCUACACCAGUGAACUGGCUAAACUCGAUGGCUGAGGUAAUCCUCACCAAGGAGGUGUGCUGGUGAACUGGAGGCACUUUCUCAGGAAGGGCGCCUGCUAUCUACUGCCAUGGUACAUCUUGAAAAGUACAUAUUUCUUUGUUACCUGUUGAGUUUCUUUGCACCUGUUGGCUGUGAGUAGCUAAAGUUCAGUCAUUUUUGCCUGUGUCAAUGAUCAAUUAGUGUGUGAUACCGUGCGAUAAUCCUACUGCAUUGUGAUUGCACCUUGUCAACCAUUCUAUAAGAGUGAUCACUUGUCUUUAUUUUUCACUAGUAAGGGAAUUUCAAUAUGGUUUGGUCUGGUUUGAUCAAGAGAUAUGAGGCCUACAUGCUUUGGAAUGAUUGUUUUGGUUUGUAUCAUUUAUCAGUAUGAACAGACCACACAAAUGAAUUUUCCUCAUUCCAUGUAGGGGAAAAUGGAAUUGGAAGCAGCACAGACAGGUAUUAUAAAUAAACCAAAACCACAAACUGCGAUAGCUUGAGAUGAUCCACCGUGCCACUUUAUCGUUUGCUCUUUGCCGAUCUUGAUGGUCGCUUGAAAGAUUCUAUCGAGAUCGUUACCGAUGCACGUAUGUAUCAUUCCGACACGAGCGGAAGAGAGAACGGUGUUAGAAACCAGUGUCUGCAUGGGACAGCAAAGUAUAUGAUAGAAGUAUGCAACCUGCCUUCUUACAUUCUUGCCUGUAAUGGUGUCUGCCACCGGCAUUUGCUUUCUGCUUCUGUCGAAAUGAUGUGUACAAGUCAAUAGAAUCGUGAAUUCUUUAUUCCUCUUGAGACGAGGCAUAGUGGUGGAGUCAGAAAUAUUGGAAAUAUUUAGAAAAUAGAAAACAUUAUACUAUUACUAUGAAUAUUUUACUAUUAUAAGUCAUCAAAAUGUGAUCCAAAACAUUGUGAUUGUUUGAGCCUAUGAAAAAAAAAAAGAAGCCAUAUUCGAUAUUUUCUUCCAUUCCUGUAAGAAUUGGGUAUUCUUUGAACUGGUAAGGGAGCACAGAUACACAUAAUGAUGAAAUUGUGAUGGAAAAAUUGUGAUUGUGGAAAAAUUAAUCCGUGAUGGAAUGGAAUUGCAUGGAAUGGAUGUUGACAGUGCACUGUGCUUUGUGUCUACUUUCCCUG